AAGCAUGGUGUGAUGUCAUCAACAAAAGAGCUUGACAUAUUUUAAGAUGGAUGCACUCACAAGCUUCAUCUUUCUGUGGAUAGAAACGUAUCAUGUGUCAUUAAAAUUGAUUUUUAAAUGUUAAUUUGAAUGUCAGUUACUCAUAAAAUGUAAAGUAAGUAAAUGUGAGUGCUAACUAUUUAGACUGUGAAUAAAUGAUACUAUAAUAUUGUUAAAAAUGCUUACAUAUAUUGGUUGCUUUAGCAGAAGGAAAGGAACUGUGUUGUGCUUUAAGUUGAUAUUUUGCUGUUUACUUCUGAAGAGAAUAUUUUCCAGAGCAAUACAAAUGACGUUGCCAACUCUCUCUUUGUGUGUGAGUGCGUGUUUGUGUGAGUGUCCAGGUUAAAUGAUGAGCGAUUAGCCUCGGACCCCUGUUUGGGGGACGUGGGCGGCUGCUAAUUGACAUUUCGCCGACUGCUCGACUGGAGGGCCAUCAUGCAAAAUCGACCUCGGCACCGGAGCCGGGAUGAAUGCUCCUCGAGUGUCAGCACUCCUGCGGUAAUCCUUUCCGAUCCAUGAAAGUUGCAGUGAAUGUUGAGCAAGUGUCACCCCUUUUUUUUUAAAUCUCUUCUCAUUUGAGGGUAAACUGGAGACUUGGGAUCCAAACGUUUCACUGGUAUUCAGUGGACAUUGAGGGCAGAAACCUGAUGAGAUCCAUCAGCAACUCAGUUGAUCCUGGCGUCUUCAACACAGCCGUCUCCAAGCUGGUGGACUCCAUCCUGGACGCAGUGUUGACCGUGUCUCCAAACAGACAAUAUCUUGGCAUCUUGUAGCCAACAAUCCCAGCCACACAUGGCCCUGUGAGAAGAAGUGGCAGAGCACCUGGAUACUCCAGAUCACCAUGGAAACCAGAAGUCUUUCAACGUCCAAAAGAGGAGCUUCGCUUGAAGCAUUUAAUCCAAGCAGAAAGUCUGACAAGCUCCUGGUCAUCUCUUGACAAGCCUCAGCAGUGCAGGCGUGUCCAAAACCAUCAACCCUGACCUCAGCACACAGCCCGAGCGGAGGAAACUGAAUCUCAGAAGAACUGGUGUUGCGUUCAUGGUUUCCUGUGCCGUUUAAGAGUCCAUGAAGUCGGAUCUUCUGAAGCUUACUGACGAGUUGCAAGACUGUUAUGGUCCUGCAGGAGGUCAGCUCUUCAUACACUGCCUCGGUCGUACGCAGCAGGUUGAAGUCAGAACUCAAGUUGAGCGACACAGAACCCAGCAAGGCCAGGAAGGAGACCAAGCAGGCUGCGAGGAUUCGCCGAACAGUGCGAUUACUUCCACACCUGGGUGCAACACAGCACCUGCAACAAGCACACACCUUGUAUCACGGAGUCGCUGAUCGACGGCUGGUGAUCCCGAGGGGCGACUCUCCUCCUCCUGAUGAAUCUGGUCUUCAGACUCUUCACAGACGUGGAGGACAGAGUCCCGGAAGUGAAGCACUCUUUUUUCAUCAAGUCGACAGGAGACAUUUGACUUUCUGGGUCUCACAACUGGGGCCACUCAUGUUCGUGUGCAGCAGACAGGUGAGGGGGCAGUGCUCCAGUCAUGACCUCUGGGAAUGGGAACAGUAACUCCAGCCACGGAGAGAGCAAAGCUGCCCACGGAGAGAGCAAAGCUGCCCAGGCCCUUGUCAAGUCCCACAUCCUGACACAUUUGAUCGAAGGCUUUGUCAUCCAGGAGGGCUCUGAUCCGUUCCCAGUGAGUGCAAAGCACUACACCCACUGUGUGGAGCGGCCUUCUUUCUCCAUGGAGAGCUUCAGGAGACACGCAGGCGAUGCAAAGAUGAACGGCCUCUCACCUAAAGACUCUGAGGUCCAAGAGCCCAUGCUCACCUGUGAGUUGUGUGGCAAGGUGGACUCUGCGUACGUCUUCAAAAGGUCCAAGAGGUUCUGUUCUACUACCUGUGCCAAGCGCUACAGUGUAAGCUGCAGGAGGGACUCUCAUUUCCCACACCGCAAAUCCAUCCAGGAGACCCAGAGGAAGCAGAGAGCCUUGAGUGCCAGCCCGAAAGUCUCCCAUUUGGAUUCCAAAAAGAAGACGGUGCUGAAGUCUGCAGCUGCUGCUCUACCUGCUCACUCAGUCCUCUCGCCGGGAGAAUCCUGCCAGUGGCCCGACAUGUCCAACUGCAAAAGCCCAACCUCGCCUCUGUCAGCUGGUCAGCGUGUUCCUGACCUGCCCCUCCUGCCCCACAACUUCCUGCCCAGCGACCCCGGCCAGUGGAACGUUGAGGAUGUCUACGUCUUCAUCUGUUCUUUACAGGGCUGUGUGGAGAUCGCAGAGGAGUUCCGCUCUCAGGAGAUCGAUGGCCAGGCCCUGCUGCUGCUGAAGGAGGAUCAUCUCAUGGGUGCUAUGAACAUCAAACUGGGCCCUGCACUCAAGAUCUUUGCCCAGAUUAACAUGCUCAAAGACUCAUAACACAGACACAUACAGACACAAUUGGCAGCUUCACUGUGACUUAACCAAACUGCAGAGUCCUGGACAGGCUGUGGUUCUAGUUGAUCUUUAAAGCCCUGCUGAACAAGAUGGUGGAUGAUUGGACUCAGGACUUCAUGAACAGUUUUUUGUUCGUAGGUGGCAUUUCCUAUAUUUUUUGUUGUAUUUUUAUUCAGUUUCACUGUGUUUUCACUAAAAGAUCUUCGUCAUGUCUCUCCUUCCCGCUCUCAUCAAUUACACCCACCGGAGAUGAAGGCGACUCGAUGAGAGUAGAGUGCUUUGUAGAGCCGGAGUCAGACUCCUGUCGAUAAUUCCAUCGAGGUAAAACAUCAAUUCCAGCUUUGAUCUCCACGUGAGAUGUUGUCAGUUCAACAGUUUUGCAUCGGACCACAUUAAGGGUGCAGUAUCUCAGUCUUAAACGGGACUGAAACCAAGCUCUGAUAUUGACGCAUUUAAUAGAAACAUUUUAAGUUGCUUCCACCUUAUACUGUACAUAACAAAAAUUCAACCUUUCAUAUUCAUCAUCACCUCUUUUGAGCAGUUCACAUUCAGAAAACUUGCCCUUUUCGUGACCACAAACAAAAACGCACAGCCCUUUAUUGCUUCGAUCACAUGCAACACUGCUCGUUGUUAUGAUCACUUCUGCAAACAAUAUUUAAUCCUUUCAUGUCACCUCACAUUAUCACUUAUUACAUAAGAAAAAAUAAUUCAUCCACAGGUGUCAAGUACUGUACUUCUGCAACCAUCAACUCAUAUCCACGAAUAGUAGUAAUAAGCCCUUCAUAGAACCUGCUGCUUGUAUUGAUCAUUUAUGCAAUUCACAUUUGGUAAUUCUUCAGCCCUGAAACUUAAUUCACAGUUUCCCAAAAGUCAGUUUAUCCAGCAACACAUCUAAAUUCAUUGUCAAAAUGUCAUGUUUCCUUCUUCAACUUUGGUGAAGCUUGUUGAGAAGCAGGAGUCCACUCUGCCUCACUGGCUUUUAGGCGUCCUCAUUGUGACCGAAGACCUGGAGUCAGAAGUAAGGUUUAGGGGAGUCAUAAAGUAAAGCCAAAGUUAUCCUUCUUUUUUAUUAUAAAACUUCAUUAAAACUGUGAGAAGGAUGAAAGGCAUGAUGACAGAUGAUCAGUGAAGUCUUUGACAUUUUCAAGAUAAAUUACUUUUUACAUCAAUUUGCAGUAAAUUUGUCACAGAUCAACUUCCAGUGAUCAAAGAAUGGUCAUGAAAAAGAGAGGAGCCAUCCUCCACCGUGUUGGAGACUCAGAAGUGUCUUCCACUGGCCUCAGUACUGUGUUUAUAGACUAGAUCUGGCUGCUAAAUACUGCUGUUGAGGGAUUGGGAGCACAGUAUCGCCAGGCGGGAUUGUUACUCGCCGAUUGUAAACUUUCUGCAGGCCUUAGUUUUAAUUUGGAAGGGAGGACAUGUGUCUGCAACUGUAGAGUGAAAAUUAGCACUAACACCAGACUGACUGUGUACAAUUACAACUUGCUGUCACAUCCUGUACUCACAAGCGGGUCUAGAGGCUUUGAACAGCCAGAGCUCGACAGAACUGUGGAUGCUGAAGUGUGUGUGUGUGAAGAAGAAGGUGCAAACACACGACAAUCAUUUCCAUGGAAGAGAGAAUUUGAAGGAGAUGAGAAAGUUCACCAACAUACAAGCAGGAAAUCAGCUUCAGGAGUCCCACAGAAGGCAAAUACAGCAGAUCAUGGCGCUCAACACUGGAGUUUAUACCUUGCUCCUGAAGAGGGGCUUGGCCCCGGGGCCACAGUACUCGUUGUAUAUGAGCUUGAAGAGGAAGAGGUGAAAGAAGGUGAUGAGCGAAGCCACGCUGAACCAAAACAGGAAGGGGAGGCCUGGGUACCGAUUGGCCAUGUGCUCCUCGUGGGCCAGGAUGGCCUUUAGGUGAAGCGUGUGGCGGAGGUCCUGCAAGUGCCGCAGGUCUGUGGAGAUGUAGAGCAGAGGGGUGAUGGGCUGUGUUACCAUGACUGGGAAGGUAUGACCCUUGACCUCCGAGGUCAGCUCCACCGGCUCAUUGAGGCAGCCGGCCUCACAGGCGUAAAGCUUCACCGGCUUCUCCUGCUGCUUCACCGAGACAUGAAGGAAAGGCUUCCCGUCCACGUCCAGCAGCACAGCCAGGUUGAUCAGGUCCUGGUUGUAGUGGAUCCCUCUCAGUGCAUAGCUGUUGUGCAGGACGUCAGGGUCCGCCUGAAACUGCAGGUGGUUCUCGGUGAACUGGAGGCCACCGAAGCUCAGCACCAUGCCCUGCAUGGCCCCGUGGGCUCCUGCCGCCACCAGCACCUUGCACCCUCGCUUCUGUAGCGUCAGAGUCCAGAGCGUGACCAGCUGCAGGAUCUGGCCGGUGCUGCUCAGGCGAGCGGGCCACAGGUUCUCCGCGUGCAUGGUGGCGUGGCCGCUGAAGCAGUGGUCCGCGUAGUUGAGACUGGACUCCAGGCGAGAGCGCUCGUCGCCGCUCAACCUGCGGUCCAACAGAGGAGCCGAGGAGGAGGACAGGAUGUAGUAGAGCGUGGUGUUGACCGUCAGGCUGGAGGGCGUGUGAGAGUCCGUGAUCUUCCUCAUUUCCACACCUGAGCAGUGAAGCACAGACAUGUUCACCAGUGACACACAAUGGAAACCUUUAGUCUGGAUUAAAAGGCUCCUCCCACA